AUGAUUCUACCAGUCCCCUCCAACCUACCACCAACACUAGACGCAGCAACAAACCAUACACCAACCUCUGUGAUCCCUGCCAUCCCCCUCGCCGAGUUCUCCUCGCCCACCCACUCCACGGACCAACGCACCCAGCUCCUGGCGUCCCUGCGCGCCGCACUCUUGGACACCGGCUUCCUCUACCUCACUGACCUGGACCACCACUUACCCCCAUCUCUGAUAUAUCGCCUAGUAGCACUACUGCCAAGAAUCUUCUUGGACUUGACGCUCGAGGAAAAAGCGACCGCCGCACUGAUCAACACGCCGCAUUUCCUGGGCUACAGCAGUUUCGGAACCGAGACGACAGCUGGCGGGAAGGACUGGCGGGAGCAGAUCGAGUUGAGUGGCGAUGAUUUCCUUGACGCUGGUCUGCGGGUAGUGAAUGGGAACGGGAAUUUGAAGGCGGGCACGCACGAUAGGGAAAAGCAGCCUCUGUACGCGCGUCUUCGCGGCCCAAAUCAGUACCCGGAUUUCGACGGGCGGGAUGAGAUGAAAGCUGUGGUUGGAGAGUAUAUUAACGCGGCGCAGAACAUCGCGGCAGAGUUUUUGGCACUGGUAAACGAAGCGCUGGGACUAGAGCCAGGGGUCUUGGAGGGUUUUGCGAGGGGAGGACAGGAUCGGCUGAAGUUGGUGCAUUACCGCAUUGGCGAUGACGAGUCUGCAUCAACACAUGAAAACGGUUUAGCAGGAAGCAAUGGUAGUGCAAAUGGCACGCUUGCAAAUGGCAGCUCCGUCGCCACCACUACCAACGGCGGCGCCAUCACCCCCUCAGAGAAAUACAUCCAAGGCGUCGGCCCCCACAAAGACUCCUCCGGCUGGCUAACAUUCCUCCUUCAAGCCAGCCCCUCCACCCGCGGCCUGCAAGCUUUGUCCAAAUCCGGCGCUUGCCUCGUUGUCAACAUGGGACAGGCAUUCGAGGCUGCCACGAACGGCGUGUGCAAGGCAACUACACACCGCGUUCUCUUACCCGCAAGUGGUGACGGAAAGAGCCAGGGGAGUCGAUAUUCGGUCCCCUUCUUCAUGGGCGUGCGGCCAAGCCUGACAAAAGGGGAGUUAAAAGGGCUAUGGGAGCAUUUCGACGAGAAGAGGUGGGGCACGAGGGAGAGUGAGGAGGGCAUGCGGGUGGACAGUCCGUUCUUGCGGGGCGAAGGGUAUGGGUGUUGGGGUGAGGCGCAACUGAGGACGAAGAUCAGGAGUCAUCGGGAUGUUGGGAAGCGGUGGUAUGGGGACGUGUAUGAGAAGUAUGUUGAGGAGGGCUGA